CGGGGAGUCGCCAAAGAAUGACGGCACUUCCGAGUUGAAGGCACCAUCGACAGAAAGCUUCGAUAUCCCCCUCUUCGUUCAUCCACAACAUAUCUGCAAGGUUAUUCAAGAGGCACGAUGACCGCCGAGAACGAAUGCGAACCGAAUGAGCUAGCUACGCAGGAAGAGCUGAUCAAAUCCAAGGCAGACGACGAAUGCAUAUUUUGCAAGAUCAUCAAGGGAGCCAUCCCGUGUUUCAAAAUCUUCGAAAGUUCGACCACCUUGGCUUUCUUUGACAUCAACCCAAUCAGUUUGGGCCAUGCAUUAGUCAUCCCCAAGUACCAUGGUCCGAAGCUUCAUCAGUUGCCAGACUUUGCGCUUCAGGAUAUUUUACCUAUUGCCAAGAAGAUAGCAAUGGAGUUAGGAUUGACGGAUUAUAAUAUUCUACAGAACAAUGGUCGGAUCGCCCAUCAAGAGGUUGAUCACGUUCAUUUCCACAUUAUACCGAAACUGUCUGCGAGUGAUUCAGAAGGAUUGGUGAUCGGCUGGCCAUCAAAGAAAGCAGAUAUGCAACUGUUGGACCAAAAAGCUAAGGAACUCAAAGCGAAACUGGAUAGUCAAUCUGCUUCUAGCGCUAGCAACCUUUGAAAAGAAAGAUGUGGAUGCCCACAAUCCCAAAGACCAUCCAUCCCGUUUUCAUUCUGUAAUGUGAUCAGCCGUCUCAGCUGGCCGCUUCUCUUGCCAACAUCGCCUGCAUGAUUGAUCCCUGUGGCCUCCAGAGCC